CUUUCAUAUCUGACUCGGUCUGGUAAAGUAGAUGCGAUUCUCAUGGCCGGAACUAGAUGUCCCAAAGCACAGAUACCGGACCAUGCGUUAGGUAACUGAGGAUAAGCAUUGUUUCCACAAACCCAAUAGACUCCCACAGCAGUGUGAUAUAAUUCAAGAUGAUCAUGAUAGUUCAUGACCUUGUUACAGUCCGGAGUCUCUCCAACAGGAACAGAACCAUUGUGUUUGAUGCACCACGGAUAUGGUCCAAGAGAUAGAACAAUGUUAAUAGGUUGAUGGUCAUUUGCAGGUUUAGGUCUGAUGAGCUCAUUACUAGUGGGUCCUGAUUUUGGUUCUUUCCUGUUAACCUUGGGGGUGAUAGGUACAGACAUCAUUGGAACACCAACUGCAACAGAAUGUGGUAUUAGUCCACAGACAUAACAGCCGGUUUUGUUGGCAUGUUUAGCUGUCAUAUGUACCAAUUGCAUGUAAAUGUUAUUGUUGUCCACAGCAUUGACUCCUUUGCAUCUCAAAACAAUGAUUAUUAGAAAUGACAUCGUUAGCAUGGUGGAUGAUCGCAUUCCACACAUGCUGCUGGAUUGUGCUGGUGAAUGAGGUCUCCUGAAGCAGUCUGUGAUAUUGUGGGCUUGGUUGAUGCAGAUGUGUCCCGUGUCCCGUGGUUUUUCAGCAGAUAUCAGCCAGGUGUCAGGUACAGUCCAGCGCAGGUGUCCGAUGACAGCCAGGGCACCCUUCUCUCUCAGCUGUUUGGAACCCUGCUCUUCACUGGAACAUCUGCAAUGACACACAAGAGAGAAGGCGGGAACGCAUCUUGCCAAAUGCCACGUCUGUUGUUUGAUGGCUGGUCCUACCAGGAUUACAUCAGUGUGUUGGACAGCGAGGAUGAAAUUGAGGAGCUGGGAAGGGAGGCAGUGGAGGUGGCCAAGACAGAGGGCUUUGAUGGCUUUGUGUUGGAGUUGUGGAGCCAGCUGGGAGGAAAUAAGAGGAAGGAGCUGGUCCACCUUGUGAUACAUGUGUGUGAGAGUCUUCAAAUGUGGAAACUGAGCUGUGUGUUGGUCAUUCCCCCCUCCGUGGCACCUGGCUCUGGGCAGCCAGGAAUGUUUGAGCGGGAAGACUUUGAGCAAUUGGCUCCUGUUGUGGAUGGGUUUAGUCUCAUGACCUAUGACUUUUCCAACCCAGGGAGGCCUGGCCCCAGCUCCCCACUGCCCUGGGUGCGUGAGUGUGUUCUUCAGUUGUCCCCACACACCCAGUGGAGACACAAGAUCCUGCUGGGACUCAAUCUGUAUGGUCUAGACUUCUCCAUCCAGGGAGGGGCUGAACCACUGCUGGGGGACAGGUAUCUUGACUUGUUAAAGGAGGUGAAACCCAGGUUGCUUUGGGAUGAACUGACUGGGGAACACUACUUCAACUAUAGGAGGAGCAAUGGAGUCAAGCAUGUAGUCUACUACCCAACUCUGAAGUCCAUCCAGCUACGUCUUUCACUAGCAGCAGAGUUGAAGACUGGAAUAUCCAUGUGGGAACUUGGACAAGGACUGGACUAUUUCUUUGACCUUUUGUGACAGACUGCACCAGCUCAUGCACACACAGAUACAAGUACAUUCAUUACUUGCACCUAUAAAAACUCUCAUUAGAUGUUGUACACACUCAGUUCAGCCAACAUUGUG